AUCCCUGAAACACCUCAAACAUCACUCCAGGAACAAUGUGGAGGAGGAGAGUAGCCGCUUGGUGCGGACCUACCCCAAGAUGACUGAGGGGACCUAUCCCAAGAUGACUGAGGGGACCUACCCCAAGAUGACUGAGGGCCACAACAUGGAUGUGAGCACACAGACGGAGCCUGUGGUGGUGUUAUCUCUGGCUCAGGCUGCCGUUCUGGGACUCAUCUCCCAGAAUGAAAUCUUUGGGGCCACCAUUGCUCCUAAUGGCUUUUACACGGGGGAGUCCAGAGAGUGUCCCCCUCCUCAACCUGAGGCAAUGGAGUAUGAGUACGCAGAUCAGCUAAUAGGGGCCAACGGGGACUACCUGGCUGAGCCUGCUGGGGAGCCGGAGCCCCAGCCGCACUGCAGCGAGAGAAGAAGGCCUGGGCCCCGUGGGAGGACCAAGAGGCCGAGGAGUGAGGAGGGUCACCCACACAAAGUAGCAAGUCCACAGGCUCAGGUUAAAGGUGAACGGCUUGACUCUGACACCCCUCCUUCCUGCAUUCACAUGAACAGCAGGCGAAGUCCUGGCAAUUCUGAGGAACCAGUCACCCAACAAGCUUCUUUAAAACAGGAGCAUGCCUGCGGAGACUGUCGAACAGGUGUAAGAGAUACACCCAGGCCACGAACAGAAGAACAGCCAGAACAGGAAGAAGAAGAAAACACUGGUCGAGAAAGAGAGAAGAAGGAAGAGGAGUUGGUGGUGGAGGAAGAGGAAGAAGAGGCACUUAACCUCAAGACUAGUGGUGACACUGGCAGUCCUGUAGAGGGCCGCUAUUAUGAGUCCAGUGAGGUGGCAUACGAGUCCUCGGACAUGGCCCUGCCAGGAGAGUAUGAGGACAACGGCCAGGCCAUGCUGUGGUCCGACCCAGAGGGACUCGCCAGGCGAAUGCAGAUUGACAGACUGGACAUCAACGUGCAAAUCGAUGAGUCUUACUGCGUAGAUGUGGGAGAGGGUCUGAAACGUUGGAAGUGCCGGAUGUGUGAGAAGUCAUACACAUCCAAAUAUAACCUAGUCACUCAUAUUCUUGGCCAUAAUGGAAUAAAGCCCCAUGAAUGUGUACACUGUGGAAAGCUCUUUAAACAACCGAGCCAUCUCCAGACUCACCUGCUCACCCACCAGGGGACCAGACCUCACAAGUGCACCGUUUGUGAGAAGGCCUUCACACAGACCAGCCACCUGAAGAGACACAUGCUGCAGCACUCGGACGUAAAGCCCUACAGCUGCCGCUUCUGUGGCCGAGGUUUCGCUUACCCCAGCGAGCUGAGGACCCACGAGAACAAACACGAGAACGGUCAGUGCCAUGUCUGCACCCAGUGUGGCCUCGAGUUUCCCACCUACGCGCACCUGAAGCGCCACCUUGCCAGUCACCAGGGCCCCACCACGUACCAGUGCACUGAGUGCAACAAGUCCUUCGCUUACCGCAGCCAGCUGCAGAACCACUUGAUGAAGCACCAGAACGUUCGACCCUACGUUUGUCCUGAGUGCGGCAUGGAGUUUGUCCAAAUCCACCAUCUCCGACAACACGCUCUCACUCACAAGGGUAUGAAAGAAUUCAAGUGUGAAGUCUGUGCUCGAGAGUUCACGCUGUCUGCCAACCUAAAGAGACACAUGUUGAUCCAUGCCAGUGUCCGGCCCUUCCAGUGUCACGUCUGCUUCAAGACAUUUGUCCAGAAGCAGACCCUAAAAACGCACAUGAUCGUCCACCUGCCAGUCAAGCCUUUUAAAUGCAAGGUGUGCGGAAAGUCUUUCAACAGAAUGUACAACCUCCUCGGCCACAUGCACCUCCACGCUGGCAGCAAGCCCUUCAAGUGCCCUUACUGCAGCAGCAAGUUCAACCUGAAGGGCAACCUCAGCCGACACAUGAAGGUCAAACAUGGCGUCAUGGACACCUCAAUAGACAGCCAUGAGCCCCCACAAGAAGUAGAAAGCCAGGAGGACUACGAAGAGGAGAGCUUUGAAUUCAGCGAGCGAGAAAACCGAGCUAACAACAACAACACACCAGACAUUGCCAAACUAUCUCAAAUUGAGUAUUACAGCACCUAUGGGAAGGGCGCAGGGCGUUUCAGCUCUGCAUGAAUAAUUGAAACGACCCCAAAUUAAAUAUAAUUGUGAACUCAAGAAAACAGGAUUGGUUAUUUUGCUUUUAAAGACAAAGUGCUCGGGUUGUUCUUCAAAGAUGUGAGGAAACCCAGCAAACUGCACAUUCGUAUGCACUGGAAUCAUUUGUAAUGCUACAUUUGGAAAUGUAUACUUUUUACCUUAUAACAUAUUUUUCAUCUCUAAAAACACAGCAAAUCUAAUGAAUGACUAUAUUAUAUUCGAGCAAAGUGGACUGUCUUAAACAGGAGCAUUUAGAUACAAAAAUGAAUAUAUAAAAAACAUAGAUGUUGUCAGCUGCUUAAAAUCAGGAACAUCAUCUGAGCCAAAUAGAAAAAGCACAUGCUUAGCUGAAAGCCUGGUGAUGUUUUACUGCACUAACUCAUUCAGACAAUCCCGGUGUAUCUCAGUCUGCUGGGGUAAACUAAUAUGAAGGGUUAAAGAAGGGAACAAUUCAUUUCGCUUGCCAAAGCUUAUCAAGUUGCAGAGGUUAAUGAUUCACUUUGAUUCAUACUGUGAUAAAUUAAAUUAAGCCUGCAGAAUGAGACGAUUCAAUUGGAAUUGCAAUCUGUGUUUUAUUGUAUAUUAUUGUACAGAACGUAUCAGUCCUCUUGUACGUUGGCUGGUGCUGUGAUCAGUGCAUUGCACUAAGGACCAAUGUGUCGACUUUCUAGGUUUCUGCAUUAACAACCAUCAACCUGUAUUGAUCUCUAGUCUAUGAAUGUAAAUGUUUCUGUGGAAUGUUUUAAGAAGCUAAUGAAAACAAAAUCUAAAUACCUUUUUCAACGGUAGAACCCCUUUACCAAAGAAUCACAUCAAAUGUUGCAGCUGCGGAGACCAGGUCUGUUUUCCUUGCUGUUGUGUUGAGCAGGGACAUUGGAUUUCUUGCGGUCCAAUCGUAGACCUCAUGAAAUUACAUUCAGACCCUCCGUCCCCCACCCACCCAUCUGUAGAUCUCCGCAAAAGAUUACCACAGAGAACAGACUGUGGUACAGCCUCUUUUUCAACAGACCUCACCAUUUCCCCCCCCAUUCAGGCAUUCAGGAGACAAGACUGCAGCAUUUUCUCAAAGGCAAUGCAAACCCUGCCUUCAAAUUGCAGUUCUGUUUUUCUUUAUGGAUGAAUCUCAACAAGACGUGUUCCCAAAAAAAAAACUCAAGACACAAAUAUUAAGUGCCCCAGUGUGUCUGCAAGAGCAUGCCAUCCAUCAUGCUGUACACUGGUCUCAAGUGAUGAACGACAACCUCCCAACAUGUGACAGGGCCGCGGACCUUGUGGAAAAUGAUUUGGGAAAUGCUCAAUAUAUUCAGUUUCCCAGUGCUUAGCUUUUCAAACUGCAAAAACAAGGUAUCCAUUUGCGAUGUUGAUAUAGCGCAUUUAAAAUAAAAAUGCUCAAUUUUGUGAGUUUUUCCGCUUCGGUGUUCAUUCCAUCACAUUUUUAGUGAUGAUAUAAAAAGGGGAAGAUAUUCAGCUUAAAUGGCUUUCUGUAAUAGACAUUAGUGUGGAGAUAAUGUUGAUAGAAAUGUAUGUACAAUGUUGUGUACCAGACAAUACUGUAAAAUAAUAAAUUUAUUUACCU